GGAAAAAAAAGAAAAAAAAAUAACAUUCCACACUUGUCCUCUUCUUUGUCACUCUGUCCCUCGCUCAGUCAAUGAUGCCAUUUCCAUCUGAGCCAUGGAUAAAAAUGGCGGUCAUGGUCUUUGUAAUCUUCAUACAGACCAACCUCGUAGUAGAGUCUCAACCAAAAUCUGAUAAGAUUACAAGUUUGCCAGGGCAACCUGAUCAUGUCAGUUUUCAACAAUUUUCGGGCUAUGUCAUGGUGGAUGAAAAGCAACAUAGGGCUCUCUUUUACUAUUUUGUGGAAGCAGAAGAACACCCUGCUUCAAGGCCUCUCGUUCUCUGGCUUGCUGGAGGGCCUGGCUGUUCCUCUGUUGGAGCUGGAGCUUUCAUGGAGCAUGGACCUUUUAGACCAAAUGGAGAGAAUCUGGUGAAGAAUGAGUAUAGUUGGAAUAAAGAAGCCAAUAUGUUGUACCCGGAGUCACCAGCAGGGGUUGGUUUCUCUUAUUCUUCUAAUAAAUCAUUUUACUCCUACAUCAACGAUGACAUAACAGCACAAGACAGUCUCACAUUCUUAAAGCAGUGGUUGAUCAAAUAUCCAGAAUAUAACAACAGAGACUUUUUCAUUGCAGGAGAGAGCUACGCAGGUCACUAUGUGCCACAACUAGCACAGCUUGUUCUUCACUCUAAUUUGAGACUCAGCCUAAGGGGAGUGGCUAUUGGAAAUCCUCUUUUGGAAUUCAACACAGAUAUUAAUUCAUGGGCUGGAUAUUAUUGGUCUCAUGGGAUCAUAUCUGAUUCCUCAUACAAACUUGUGAAAAGGAUGUGCAACACUUCUCGGUUGAGGAGAGAGUACUUAUUAGGUGGCCCUGUUUCUGAAUCUUGUCGCCGUGUAAAUCACGCGCUCUCUAAAGAAAUGACUGAGUAUCUGGCUCUUUAUGACGUGAGUGGUGACAAAUGUCUCUCAAAUUCAUCUAACCAGCUUCAUCUUCACCCACUUAACCCACGCAAAUGCAAUGAUAUAGAUGUUUGUUUGGAAGAAAAAACAGAGUAUUAUUUCAACAGGAAAGAUGUCCAAAACUCACUUCAUGCUCGUCUGGUUGGAGUCACUCAAUGGAGCUUGUGCAUCAACAAUAGCAAAGGUAGUGUGAUAAACUAUGACAAACAAAACGAAGAAAUACCAACUAUUCAUUUGUUAGGCUCACUUGUGAAGUCUGGAAUCCGAGUCAUGGUUUACAGUGGAGACCAAGACUCGGUUAUUCCUUUCACUGGAACUCGAAGUUUAGUAAGCAGAUUAGCCAAAGAGCUAAAACUGAAGACUACUCAACCUUACAGGGCCUGGAUAGAAGGAAGACAGCAGGUUGGAGGCUGGAGUCAAGUGUACGGAAAUGAUAAUAUGUUGUCGUUUGCGAUCAUCAGAGGAGGAUCUCACGCAGCUCCAUCCACACAACCAGAGAGAUCUCUGCUUCUGUUCCACAAAUUUCUACAGGGUAAACCACUACCACUUUCAAAUGCUUGACUAUGCCUUUUUGUGUUAUUAAUGCCUCCACCAAUUUUAAAAUAAUAUUUUACUUACUAUCUAUGACUCAGAGAAUAAGGUGGUUUUUUUUGUUUUUUUGUUUUUUGGUUUUUUUUUUUGCGGUUGCUUAAUUUGUUUUCUUAGAAAGAUCAAAAAGAAAAUAAAAUAAAAUAAAAACUCACGUGACAUAAAGAGAAAGACAUGUGAGAAUAUGGUGGUGUUUUUUUU